AUGAACCCAGUAACUUUCAAGGGUAGAGAAAAUGAAAUUGGGUAUGCAGUAGAGCAAGUAACAAAUAAAAGUUGCAAAACUGCAAUGCCAGAAGAAAGAAAUGCUGCCAUCAAAAAAGAUGUAAAAACAGAUGACCAAGGCUGCAUCAAUAUCCCCUGCUCAUAUGACAUGGGUUGGCAAAAACCAGGAAAGGGGCAUAACUCAUCAACUGGUCAAGCUGCAGUGAUGGGUUUAACUUAUGGGAAGGUUACGGAUUAUACUACAAGAAAAAAAUCCUGCAGGGUUUGCGCAAAUGCUAGAAAAACCGGAAAAGAAGCUAAGCAACACAACUGUCGACUCAAUCAUACAGCAUCAUCAAAGGCAAUGGAGCCUAUGGCAGCUGUCCAUUUGUUUACUGAAAGCCUAAAUUCUAGAGUCAAACUAUCUGUUUUUGUUGGAGAUGAAGACUCCACAACUGCCGCACAUAUAAAAGAGAAUGUCCCUUCUCCAGUAGAAAAGUGGACAGACAUUGUGCAUGCCAAAAGAUCAAUAACUACAAGGUUUUAUAACCUAAGCCAACGUGGGAAAUUUGUAAAUUCAUCAGCUCUCUCACAGAAAGUUGUCAACUACUUGGUCAAAUGUUUUACUUAUGGCGUGUCUCAAAAUAGGGGGAAUCCAUCAGCCCUUCAAAAAUCCUUAAAAGGCAUUCUACCACACUCCUUUGGAAACCACACAAAUUGCAAUGAAUCCUGGUGUGGUGCCAAGAAAGACCCUAUUAACUAUAAACACUCUGACUUACCCUAUGGCAAAGAUCUCUAUGGUGAUGACUUGAGGAAAGCUUUGGAGAGAAUUUUUGAUGAAUAUUGUACUGAUGUAGUAGUUGCAAAGUUAUCACCUGGGGCAAAUUCGCAGAGAAACGAGGCCUUAAACAGUGUUAUAGGGUCAAAAAACCCCAAAAUUAGAUACUAUGGGGCAAGUGCAAGUAAUGACUUCCGAGUGGCCUGUGGCAUCUCCCAAGUAAACCUUGGA